AUGUCUCAAACAGCUCAACUUUCCAAGACCAGGCCAAUGGAAAACCUUCCACCAUUGAUUUACAAAAACCCCAUUAGGAGAACCUCUAGGAGAUCUACAAUGUAUCUUGGCGUGAGAAGAAGGGCGUGGGGAAGAUAUGCUGCUGAGAUUAGGAACCCUUAUACCAAAGAGAGAUACUGGCUAGGCACAUUUGACACUGCUGAAGAGGCUGCUAUAGCCUAUGAUCUUUCAUCUAUCAAGAUUUGUGGCAUUAAUGCUCGAACUAAUUUUCAUUACCCUUUUGUAUCUCUUCCACCAACUCCUAUGUCACUGCCUCCUCCACCGCCACCACCUACCCCGGAGUUGGAUCAAGUGGUGGAGUUUGUCCAGAGAUGA